AUGGACUAUGGUGAGCGGCUUGGCAAGCUGGAACAGCUCUUCGAGAAGUUUGUGUGCCGCAAAGCUCCCAACAUCACAUCAAAUAUCGCUUCAUCGCAAGACUCUUCGCAAACACUAUCGGUGCAGUCGAACGAGAAGCCUUUCAAGUUCACUGGGCUUCCCCCUCUUCCACAUAGCGACGGGCAAAGUCUCGCAGAUGGCAUACUUGGAUCCCGCACUUGGACGUCGGCGCCUAGUAUCAGGACUUUGGUUGACAAAGAAGAUGGACCACCAUCAUCCGAUCCUGUCCACCGGGCAUUGGUGGCUCUGCUUCCAUCACAACAUGAUGCCGACGUCAUCUUUGAGUCCUCAAAUGGGUGGAUGAUCCUGAAUGGCAUGUACCGACCCUCAAAAGAACUCUUCGUUGGUCAAGAUACGGAAUCGUAUGCCUUGGACAUUGGUUCCAUCGCAAAGGAGCGUGCUAUUAUUGUAGCGCGGACACUGCUACAUUUAGCAGCUUGCAUCUGCGCGUUACCGCCCGACUUCGACACUUCACGGUUGCGAAACAUUUGGAAUCUUGAAGCUACGAUGGAGAAUUAUGUUACUACCGUGACUUCUCUUGUCACUUCAUCGGAUGAGCUGCUACUCACCUUACCGGGGCUUGAGACCUUGCUUCUGCUAUCGGUGUAUCAUAUGAACGUCGCUAAUCUUAGACAAGCCUGGCUCAUUGUCAGGAGAACUAUGAACUUAGCACAUCUGAUGGGGUUCCAUCGCAUCGUUCAAUCCAAGCAAAUCCCCCCAAUCGAAUCGAUACAGUCGUCAGCAUCGAUAUGGUGCUGUUUAGUCGACCUUGACAGAAUACUCGGCUUACACCUCCGCCUCCCGUUCGCCUCCGAUGAUUACCCUGUCGCUGAAGACGGCGAAUUGCACCGUGUUCACCGCGCUCGGCUCGCGACCAUAUGUCGACAGGUCGGCGAGCUCGAUCACAAAGUCACAUCUCAAUCCUACGUGCAGGCACUAGCUCUCGAUGAGAAGUUAGAGUCUAUGAUGAAAGAGCAGCCUAAAGAUUUCUGGGACGUACCCAACGUGCCACCGACAGCACGAACAGCCGAAUCCUACGACGUGCUCGAACGCCUGAUGGUCCAAAUGUGGCACUUCGAGUUGAAGAUCUUCAUUCAUCUCCCGUUCCUCCUCCGCGCACCAUAUGAAAGCCGCUUCGAAUACUCCAAAGUCGCAGCACUACAAGCGAGCCGCAACGUCGUCAUGAGAUGGUUCGCACUCCGCAACGCAGGUAUAACGCAAGCAUGCUGUCGCUUCGCCGAACUCAGCGUCUUCAUUGCUUCCAUGACGCUCACGCUCGAUAUCCUCAUCGACAUGGCCACUAAAGAAAAAGCAGAUGUACAAAAGGCAAAAGGCAGCGACUUUGCGAUGAUAUGUCGUGUCAUCUCCGAGCUGGAGAAGCUGGGCAAAGCCAGCGCACGAGAACGCAUCGCAACGCGCAGUGCAGUUGUGCUCAAGAAGAUCCUAUCCUCGCUGGAUCCGAGCAAACAGACGCUAGGGAAGGCCAGGCUGACGGUACCCUACUUUGGCACCAUCGAGCUGGACUACAAGAAAUUGCCUGUACGGCCGGCGUUCGACCUGGACUCGGGCACGGCGAAGAAAUUGAGCUCGAAUGGAACAGCUGAGCACAUUCCGGUGUUUUCUUUUGUCACGAAUGCGCUGUGGCCUACAACCAAUGAGUUCGACGAUCCUGAGAUGGACUUUGACAUUACUCUGUUCGAUGGGCUUCGGGAUCUCGAUGUGGAUGGGAAUUGGGUGUUUUGA